AGCUGCUGGCCGGGCAUCGAACAAAGUUAGAGAAUUUAGAUUUUAUCGCAUUUAACCCGAGUUAAAAAAAGGCAGUUUUUCUAGAAUUUACUCUAAUAACAUCCGUUGCAAUGAUCAUUGAUAAUAUCUCAUAUUACGAGAUGCUAUACUCAUUGAAACUGCUGUAUGUCGCAUAGUGCAACGCCUAUGUUCUAUAGUGAAUUUAGAUCAUUUGAUUCUGUUAAUAAGCAACGGUGCAAAAAAUAUGAAGCCCGCCGUACGGCUCGUUUGCUUAGGUAGAAUGCCCUACUUGGAUGCCCUAAAAGUUCAACACGACGUGGCUACCAAAAUUAAAAUACAACAGAAAAAAGGCGCCAAUCCAGAAAAUACUCUUAUUUUAGUUGAACACACACCCGUUUACACAGUUGGAAUUAGAAUUAAGAAUUAUGGAGUUUCAGAAGAAGAUCGACUUAAAAAACUGGGAGCUGAUUUUAUCCGUUCUGACCGUGGUGGUUUGAUAACAUUUCAUGGACCAGGUCAACUGGUUGUUUAUCCUAUUUUGCAUCUAGCCAGCUUCGCACAUCUGCGGAAAUCUGUGCGGAAUUAUGUUUGCCACCUGGAACAGUCCGUAAUAGAUACCUGCAAAACAUUCGGGGUCGAAACAAUACGUACUGCAGAUACGGGUGUUUGGUUGAAAGAAAGACCACUGAAAAUAGCUGCUCUUGGAAUACACUGUGCAAGAUACGUAACCACGCAUGGAGCAGCGGUUAACUGCAACACGGACUUGGAGUGGUUUGACCACAUUGUGCCAUGUGGACUAGAAGGAAAAGGGGUGACGUCACUAAGCCAAGUUCUUAAUAGAAAUGUAACUAUCGAAGAAGUUAAAAAGAACUACGUGCCGAUGUUCGAGAAAUCGUUCAACUGUCAAGUACGAUAAAGUCUGCACUGAUGUUAGCACGUAGGUGCGACGUCAAACAACGUUAAAGAUUUGAAUAAACAAUAUACUCAAAUUACAUAAAUUCUGGCUUAUUUUCGAAGCUGAAUUUUUUUCAGCACUAUUGACACUUGAGACCUCCCCCAACUCUUGUUGUCAUCCACUAUAAUUCGAAUGAUGACCUACAGGAUAUGAGUAAGGCUGGCUAUAGAAUGUAGACUGUAUGUCUUGGAUUGCGUUACUGAUACUUUUAGUUUAAAUUUUUGGCACGGAAUUGUACAUACUUGUGAGAAGUUUCUUCAGUAGUA